UUUUGUAGAGUGUUUUGUGUUGGCAUUAAUUUGUUUUAUUUAAAAUGAUGCUGUGUUUUUAUUAGGUUUAUUGUGACCCUUAAUACUUAUAAAUUGUUUAAUUCUCUUGCUAGAGUGCACGCUAGUAAAUGAAGAAAAUAAUAAGUUGAGAUUUGGGUCUUAUUUUCAUGUUUAUUUCAUAUAUUUAUUUUUAUUUAUUUUUGGGUUGUGCCACGGGUCAUGACUGCAGCGUGAGUCGGAGGUCGGUAAUUUAAAAGGUUUUCUUUUAAUUUUUGAGUUGUAGUUUUUCAAUAAUUUGUAUUUCUUUUUAUAAAUAAUUAUAUUCCUUUAUUUUUAUUUUCAUUUGAUAAAUUUGCUGUUGAUAUUUUCUCAGUUUUUGGAAUUUUGUGUUCAACCUAAUUCCAGAAUGGUUUGGUCCGCCAAUUAGUGAAUGCAUAAGCUGCCGAUCAUUAGGAAAUUGUUUGUGAGAUCCUGGAAGAGCAAUGCACCCAGGGUCUAAGUGUGGCUAGAUUUCCCUGUUUCCCGAAUUUAUGGGAGUCUUUUUGAUAAAAGAAAGAUAAAUAAAUUGAAGUCCAAACGACAUUGAUGAUAAGCAGUGGCUCCUGUGGUUUUUUGGGCGAGAAUCCUCACAAAUAUGGUGUCAGAAGUAGGAUUGCCUGAUCAGGAAAAGGCCACUGGUGAAGAAAUCUAAGGAAAUUGAUGGACAUGGCGCCUAAAAAAGUGCGUGCUGUUGUACCUACUGAUACGGAGCCCGUUUCGGAUGAUGGCGAGGUCCGCUCAGGGGCGACAGGUGCAGCUGGGCCGACGGCCGAAGGAGAAGCGGAAAGUGAUGUGGUGGAGCUUAAGCGGAUGUUUCAAAGGUUCCUGUCGGAUCAGCGUGACCGAGAUGCCUGGCAGGCACAAGAGGCGAAUCGACAGGAUUCUAGAUGGAAGACGCUCCAGCAUCAGUUCCGUUUGCUGCAGGAGGAGGUGAAUCAACGUACCCCGGCGGCGGAUUCGCGGGAUGUCGCGGAGCCGGUGGGUCCACGGGGAGCUUCUGUGGGCUCCGCAAAUAUUAACUUUGGACAUGUGUUGAAAGAGCCGAAGCUGCAACAGUUGUGUGAAACGGAUGAUAUUGAACAUUAUCUAACUACGUUUGAACGCAUUGCUGAGGUGUGUAAAUGGCCGAGAGAGGAGUGGGCCAUCAGACUUAUUCCAUUAUUGACGGGGAAGGCGCGUAGCGCAUAUGUGGCUAUGGAUGUAAUAGCUGCCAGUGACUAUAGCCAAGUAAAGGAGGCGAUCUUGAGGAAUUAUUCUAUCAACCACGAAACGUAUCGACAAAGGUUCCGUUCGUUGGAGGUAAUGGAAGAAGAGACUCCUAAAGAGUUGUAUGUUCGAUUAAAGGACUUGUUUCAUAAGUGGGUGUCACCGGACGAGAAAACUACGGAGGACAUUGCUGAGGUAAUUGUCCUAGAACAAUUUCUGCGAAUGCUUAGCCCAGAGCUGCAAACGUGGAUAAAAGAACAUGAUCCGCCUUCUGCUGAGGAGGCUGCGCGAUUGGCUGAUGUCUUUGUAGCUGCGCGACGGAGAACUGAGCCAUGGAGUCUCAAUCGCUGGAAAACGGUGCGGGACAAGUCUUCUCGUCGACUGCCGUCGACACCUCAAGGUAGCAGAGCUGCAAGUGAGUCAAGUUUUAAACGAACUGAGAACUCUGUCUCUGUGUCAGAGAUUAAGUGUUAUAAGUGUGGACAAUUGGGGCAUAAAAAACCGAUGUGUCCGCAAUUAAUGAAAACAUUUACAAAUAUGUGUUAUGUUCCACAAGUCUCUGUACCUGAACCUACUAACAUUACUGUACCCGAUCAAAUGUUAAGAACUGUAGAAUUGAAUGUGGAAAAAGUCACUGCUUUACUAGAUACAGGUUGUACACAAACCCUUGUGGAAAAUGAACUUGUACCUGAAGUAAAUAUCUGUAGUGUCCCUCAGGUGAUAGUGAAAUGUGUACAUGGGGAGGAGCGGCAUUACCCGAUCGCCAAUGUGAAUGUGGGAAUAGAGGGACAUUCCUAUUUGAUGAAAGUAGGACUUGCACAGGGUUUACCUUACCAAGUGAUUUUAGGUCAUGAUUUCCCCGCUUUAGCGGACUUGUUAGCUGUAAAAAACACAUGUAAUGUAGUUUUGACUCGAGCGCAAAAAUUACGAAAUGAAUGUGAUGAUACAGAUAACCCUUUGAUGUGUAUGCCAUUUUUUGAUGCAGAGUUGACGGUGAAUCCGUCAAAAGAAAAAAAAUCAAGAAGGGAAAGGAAGAGGGAAAAGUUUAAAGGAACUACAGUACAGGGUACGGAAUUAAACGAACCUGAGAAAUUGUUGGAUAUUGAGCAAGCUUUAAUCCCUGGAAAUUUAAGACAGCUGCAGAAAGAUGAUGCUGAGGUUUCAAAAAUUAUUUGCAUGGUGAUAGAAGCAGCACAAAAAGGGUUAAAUGAGUGUGUGAUACAAGGGAUGUCUUUUUGUGUACAAGAUGAUUUACUGUAUCGCAAAACGGGUGAAAAAUUGCAACUGGUCGUACCAUUUCAGGUACGUAAUACAGUCAUGACGCUGGGGCAUUCCAUUCCUUGGGCGGGACAUUUGGGGAGGCGCCGAACUCACUCUAGAAUUAGCAAACAUUUUUACUGGCUGGGUAUGAGUAAAGAUAUUGCUGAAUUUUGUAAAACCUGUCCUGAGUGUCAACGUAGCGCCUUGCGCAAACCCCCUAAAGUACCGUUAAUACCCUUACCUGUUAUCGAUGUUCCUUUCCAGCGGCUAGGGAUGGAUAUUGUAGGGCCACUCGAGAGAAGUAAAACUGGCAAUAAGUUUAUGUUGGUCAUUUGCGACUAUGCGACGAGGUUUCCAGAAGUUUUCCCGUUAAGAAACAUUAAGGCUAAAACUAUUGCUUUCUGUCUAAUUCAGUUCUUCUCUCGAGUGGGCAUCCCGAAGGAAAUACUCACCGACAGAGGGACGAAUUUUACGUCUCUGCUUUUACAGCAGGUGUAUCAGCUGUUGGGGAUUAAAGGGUUAAAAACUACUCCUUAUCACCCCGAGACAGACGGUCUAGUAGAAAGGUUUAAUCAGACCUUAGUGCAAAUGCUUCGCAAAUUCGUGAACGAGGUGGGAAACGACUGGGAUCAGUGGUUACCAUACGUUUUGUUCGCUUAUAGGGAAGUUCCCCAGUCAUCAACCGGGUUUUCACCUUUCCAGUUGAUGUACGGGCAUGAGGUGAAAGGCCCGUUGUCACUUAUAAGAGAAUUGUGGGAAGGGGACACGAUGACUCGAGACAAACCGAAUGUAAUUGAUUAUGUGUUAGCCAUGAGACAAAAAUUGCAACGAAUGACUGAACUGGCUACCACCCAUUUGAGCGAAGCGCAGAAAAGGCAAAAGACGUGGUAUGAUAGAAAGACUGAGAGGCGAUCCUUUGAACCAGGUCAAAAGGUUCUCGUAAUGCUUCCUACGUGUGAAAACAAACUUUUGGGUAAAUGGAGGGGACCCUAUGAUGUGAUAAAAAGGAUAGGCGCCACCUCAUAUGAGAUCGCUAUCCCGGGACAAGCACGCUCGCAUAGGGUGUUACAUGUUAAUCUUUUGAAAAGGUGGUACCCGCAAAAGGAGAGCGCAGUGGCUAAUUUAAUCAGAUUGGUGGAGAGUGAAGAAGAGAUAGAAGAGCAAUAUUUGCCUGAGAGUCAAACAUUGCCUUCUGUUGAUUUAAGUCACCUUUCUGAUGAGCAGCGAAUUCAAGUUCAGCGGUUGUGCGAUCCAAAUCUUUUUAAAAAUCAGCCAGGACAUACCACGCUUAAAAAGCAUAAAAUUGUGCUAAAAGAAGGUGCAUGCCCAAAACGAAUGAGCUAUCGUAUACCUGAGCGACUGAUGACUGCGUUUGAGGAUGAGGUAGAAUUGAUGCAGAAAAUGCGCAUCAUAGAGCCAUCGAACAGCGAAUGGUGUAAUCCGGUGGUAUUGGUGCCGAAGAAAGAUAAUAGUCUGAGAUUUUGCAUUGAUUUUCGCUAUUUGAAUUCUGUAUCGAAAUUUGAUUCAUAUCCCUUGCCUCGUAUUGAGGACUUGACUGAAAAACUUGGUAAAGCUACCUUUAUUAGUACUAUCGAUCUAAGUAAAGGCUAUUGGCAAGUUCCAUUAGAUCCAGAUUCGCGAGAGUUCACAGCCUUUCGUACCCCGAAAGGACUGAUGCAUUUCCGGGUGCUACCUUUCGGUUUGCACGGGGCUCCGGCAACGUUUCAACGAUUAAUGGAUUCUGUGUUAAAUGGUGUAGGGGAAUUUGCCGCCGCUUACUUAGACGAUGUUGUAAUAUUUAGUACAUCAUGGGAAGAUCACCUUCAACAUCUUAAGGUAGUUUUUCAGCGAAUCAAAGAUGCUGGAUUAACUAUUAACCCCGCAAAAUGCGCGUUGGUUAAAAGGGAGACGGAGUACUUGGGCUAUGUGUUAGGAAGAGGGGAGAUUAAACCUCAAAUACAGAAAUUAAGGGCUAUUCAAUCUUGUCCGCUACCAGCCACAAAAAAACAAAUAAGAUCAUUUCUAGGCUUAGUUGGCUGGUAUCGGAAAUUUAUUCCCCAUUUUUCUACCAUAGCAGCCCCGUUGACAGACCUUAUCAAAAAGGUAAAGCCCAACCAAGUACAAUGGACAGCACCUGCCGAAGAGGCUUUUACGCAGUUAAAAGCUGCGUUGAGUACUGAACCAGUUCUGCGCAGCCCGGAUUUUGGGAAACCUUUUAUUUUACAGACAGAUGCGUCUGAAUUAGGUUUAGGGGCUGUUUUAUUGCAGGAACAAAAUGGAAUAAGGCAUCCAGUACUGUAUCUAAGUCGGAAAUUGUUUCCUCGUGAGACAAGGUAUUCGGUAGUGGAGAAAGAGUGUUUAGCGUUGAAAUGGGCGCUGGAUUCCUUAAAAUAUUAUUUGCUUGGCCGAGAUUUCCUGAUUGAGUCAGACCAUAAAGCAUUGAAAUGGUUACAUGAGAUGAAGGACACAAAUUCUCGACUGACACGAUGGUUUUUGUCUAUUCAACCCUUUCGCUUUAUAGUAAAGUACUGUCCAGGGUCUGAAAAUAAAGCGGCUGAUUUUCUUUCUCGCUCCCCGUGCGAGAAUACUUAGGUGGGGGGAAAUGUGAUGGCUAAGGCCACACUAUUCAGUUUAUUUUUGUUUUUCUUUGAUAAUUGUUUUAUUUUGUAGAGUGUUUUGUGUUGGCAUUAAUUUGUUUUAUUUAAAAUGAUGCUGUGUUUUUAUUAGGUUUAU